AUGGAAGCUUUAAACUCUAGAGAACAACAAGAUUUCCAAAAGUUGGUUGAACAGAAGCAAAUGAAGGAUUUCAUGCGUUUAUAUUCAAACUUAGUUGAGAGAUGUUUCAAUGACUGUGUUAACGAUUUCACUUCUUCCAAGUUAACUAACAAAGAACAAACCUGUCUAAUGAGAUGUUCUGAAAAGUUCUUAAAACAUAGUGAACGUGUAGGUCAACGCUUCCAAGAACAAAAUGCUGCUAUGGGUCAGUCUCUUCAACGUUAA